AUGGAGAUUGGGGCUGUCGUAGCCGUCGUGUCUGCGGCACUGAAGCACGGCCAUGGGCUAGUCGAACUAUGCCAGGACUUGAAGCAUGCCAGAGCGCAGAUCGAAGAACGAAUAGUCGAGGUACAGAGUUAUUGGAGAAGAAGCGCUAUGCAACUCGGAUUCACUAGGCGUGUCCAUGCAAGCCUUGGUGAGGAACAUCAACGACAUCAAGUUGCGAUCAUCACAAUUCUCGAUGGCAAACUCAAAGCAGCGUCGCACAAGAUCCAGCGACUGGUCAAGAAGCGAAGACGAGCCGAUCUCGAGCUUGACCAGAGAUUACGAGUCAAACGCUGGAAAUAUGUCUCCGUCAAACCAUUCCUUGACGGCCUCAUCUACGACCUUGCGAAGUGGCAGAGAAUGUUCGAUCCUUCGUGGUAUCUGAUCAUGCGGAUAGCAGAUCCGUCGAUUGAUCAAUGCCUCAAGAUUGAAGUUGAUGCAACGAGACCAGAAGUCCGGAGACUUCUGAAGACUGCCAAGCAGAUCCGGUCAGCAAUAUUACCAGCUACGGCCGACGAAUCCGGCAUCUUCCUCCCUUCAGACGGCAUGAAUGGCAUCUCUCCGAUAAACAUACCAUAUUCUGCUGCAGUAUGGCUAAGGCGACACAGCUCUGUUUUCCUCACACCUUCGCCAGCUAUACCAUGCACGCUGCGACAGCUUUUGCAAGCACCUGCGGCCCAUUCGUUGAGCGAUCGGAUCAGCUUAGCGAAAAGGCUCGCCACCUCAAUCAAUUACGUCCAUACACUGGACUUCGUGCACAAAAACGUACGGCCCGAGAACUUCCUAAAUUUCCUUGACUCCCCGCAGUCGGACCUAGGAAGCUGCUAUCUCAUUGGCUUCGAGCAGAUCCGAAGUGCAGAUGGCAAGACAUACCUACGAGGGGACGAUGCCUGGGAGAAGAACAUCUAUCGUCACCCGGAGAGGCAAGGUCCCUAUCCACAGGAAGCACAUAACAUGCAGCACGAUAUCUACAGCCUUGGUAUCUGUCUGCUAGAAGUCGGAUUGUGGUCCUCUUUCGUGCUGCAUGGUGAGGAUGGCCAAGUGCAGGGUGCUGGCCAAGCUCUGGGUCUCAGCUUGGAUGAGCUGAGACGCAAGCUUGUGAGAAGACCGGCGUCCAUCAAAGACCAUCUCGUUGCCCUGGCCAAACGUGAGCUUCCGAGCUUGAUCGGUAACAUUUAUACUGAUGUUGUUGUCACCUGCCUAACGUGUCUAGACGACGACAACGAAGAAUUUGGAGAAUGCGAGGAUCAUGAGGACGCUGAUGGCGUAUUCGUAGGAGUCAAGUAUAUCGAGCAGGUCUGUUAA